AUGGGCUUUGUGUCUCAGAUCUCCACAGAGGAACUCAAGUCUGUGGCACUGAGGUACUGGAAGCAGGCGCUGCAGAUGACAAAGCCCAAGAAAGUCCUGGCAGAGAUGUUGUUGGAAAUGAUUGACACUCUGUCCAAAAGUGUUUUGGAACGCUUAAGUGGACCAGAGUUCACCCUGGUGUCAGAGGAAGAGGUAGCCAUAGCUAUUGAGUCCUGUCUGACUGAUGUCUUUCAUUUCGUAUUGGGCACCACACACCACGCAUGUGCUCCGCUCUUCAAGGCCUUGAGCACAGAAGUGUGGGCCAGUGUCAACUCUGGGCUGAGCCAAAAUGGAACACAGUCCAUAACCUCAUACCUGCCCCCCAAAGAACAUCUGAUCACAAUGAUAAAUCAUAUCAAGCUAUUAUUGCGUUUCGCCAGGGAUCAGGAACAUCAGCGACGCCGCUCUGAGCCGGUGCCUAAAGUUGAAGAGCAGACCAAUGAUGUGCGACAUCACAGUGCCGACUUCACCACACGUGACCCUCAAGUCUUUGAGGAAAGUGAAUGCAUGGAUUCUCAGGGUCAAGAGAACAAGCCAGAGCAGCUGCUGAGACCAGAGGAUGCAAAAUCUAAGGACAGGGAAGCCGCUUCACCGGUGGAAUUCCUAUGGAGCGACCAGGAUUGGUGUUACCUGCUGCAAGAAGUUUGCUCUCAGGUGUUGCCCAACUCAAAGGAAACUGAUAGAGAGCAGUUCUUUCAGCUGCUCCUGAAGAAUGUGGAGCAACAAAAAUCUGGAUAUAGUGUUAAGCUCAAACCUGAUCAGCAUCACAUCAAAGAAGUAGCUGAUGCAAUAUACCAAGAUGUGAGUGAGAAAUUGGGGGACUGGAUGCAUUUUAUGGUCUUUAUGUAUUCUGAGUACAGUGCCACCAUCAUCACAGACUGCAUCCUGAAAUGGGUAAGCGUGCAACAACUAAGCUCCAUCCAGGAAAGAGCCUCACCGGAGUCUUUCAAUGAGAGCUGCGUAGAGAUCAACACACCUCAGAAACCAGAGACAUGUUGUACAGGUAGUAGAUUUGUAUUGACCAACAAAAUGGUGCAAAUGUUGUGGUUGGACUAUAAGGCCCUCUGUGACGUGAACGCCAUUCAGGAACUUGAGAACCAGAAGCAGAGAAACCUUGCUGCACCAGUGGAUUUGAGGCCAAUCCAGAGGCCAGAUGAGGUAAGAGAUGAACGCACAGCAGCUGACCAGUUCGUCUGGAGCGAUGACGACUGGUCCAACCUGGUUUUUGAGUUGUCUACUCGAGUGUUUGGCAUCAGAAACCCGCAGGAACUGGCUAGGUGUUCCAAGUUGCUCUUUGGGCAUGUGCAGACAUUAAAGAAUCAGUGUGAUGUGCGGGUAAAACCUGAUAAGAACAACAUUGUAGAUGUGGCAAAACACAUUUACAAAGACCUAAGCCAAUUUCACUCCAAGAAGGCACUGCGUAUGUUUGCCUCUUCCGACCCAGAUCUCAUCAUAGCGGCCAUUGCCAAACAUCUAGAGAUGAUUCCUAAGAAGCGCACAUUGGGCAUCGUUCUGAGGUCCGUGUGUCGGGCCAUCUUCAUGUGGUGUUAA